UGAGCGGGCAGGUAUUCCGGCUGAAUAAUCCCCUUGCAAAAGCUCAGGACGUUCUUCACGAUUGCAACAUGGAUAAAAUCUUUAAAGGGCUUGGUGUUGUAACUGGAAAAUGCUACAACAUGCAUCAGGAUUGGUCAAAGGCCCCAGAAUGGGUGAAGGAACAUUACAAGAUUGAGGAGCAACAACAUUGUGGUGAUAUUACCACUCUUCCACAAGGCGCUGUGAAGGGAGUGGUUGAGGCGGUCGGUGUAUUUGCCAAGGAAAAUCCACACGACGUAGCUCUGAUGGGUAAGAAGAUCGCCAAGACUGUAGGAAUUACAGAGCAACAAGGGUUGGCGUUUUCUUCUGGAUUCCUUCAAACUGCAAACUUGAGCCAAAAAUGAGUAAAGUGUCAUACGAUUUUAGCGGUUACAUCUCGAGCUCACUACCUGAUAUAACAACUAUUUGUUUACUAUAGUCACAGUGCUAAACUAUUGCAAGUAAAAGUAAAUGGAUUGAAGUGUACUAGCCAUAAGGAGCCAAAUUUUAAUUUUUGAAACAAGAAUCUCGGCACCAAUUUAGGAUAUUUUGCAGAUAAUAUAUCGAAAGUGUAAUGCAAACCCAAUCUCUUAAUGAACACUUUCUUUAGCAAUCAACAGUCAGCCAAACGAGAAAAUGUAAAAAUGUAACUUCAGCGUAUGUAUAUUAAAGUUC